UUUUACGAUCAGAGUGUGACCUCUGCCGUCUUGUCUUUGCUCUGCAGCCUCGUGUGCGUCUCUCAACUGGUCCCCAGCAGCAACACAAAACUUUUUAUGAGUUCCGCACGUACUGCAUCCGUCCAGAGCAGAACGCAGCCUUCCUGAAACUCACUAAUGAGAAGGUCCACCUGCGCACUGCCCACUCCGAGCUGAUUGGCUACUGGACUGUUGAGUAUGGUGGCUUGAAUCAGGUUUUCCAUAUAUGGAAGUAUGACAGUUAUGCUCAGCGGGCAGCGGUGCGGGCGGCACUGGCUCACGACCCCUCAUGGAUUUCAGAAUACAUCUCCAAGGCGAUACCAAUGUUGACGUCUCAGGACAACGAGGUCACCUACCUCGUUCCCUGGAGCCACCUGCAGAGGCCACCACAGGAGGGCGGUGUGUACGAGCUGGUUUCUUACCACAUGCGUCCUGGUGGUCCAGCGGUUUGGGCUGACGCCUUCCAGGCUGCUGUUACUUCCCAUGAUGCACCAGGGUACGGGACGCUGCUGGGAGCUUUCCACAGCGAGUUUGGAAAACUGAACAGAG